GCCAUUUCACAACAGGGAAGAAACGUAGAGGAGUUCUUGCUUCAACAGUGUUUGAACGGAACUUCUUCCGUCGUCCCACUUUUUGCUCAACUCGCCUGCAUUCCGGACACGAGAAGCCUUCAAUACUUGAACACUACUGAAAAAAGAAAUCGCCGUGAAGCUAUUUUUGUACCGUUUUGUUAAGAAAAAGCACAAGAAAAACGCCAGCCAAAAUGGAGUCCCAAGUGCGUCAGAACUACCACCGCGACAGCGAGGCUGCAAUCAACCGGAUGGUCAACAUGGAGCUGUUUGCCUCUUACACCUACACUUCUAUGGCCUUCUACUUCUCCCGUGACGAUGUGGCCCUUGGAGGCUUCUCCCACUUUUUCAAGGAGAACAGUGAGGAGGAGAGGGAGCAUGCUGAGAAGCUGCUGUCCUUCCAGAACAAGAGAGGAGGACGCAUCUUCCUCCAGGAUGUCAAGAAACCAGAGCGUGACGAGUGGGGAAGUGGGCUGGAGGCCAUGCAGUGCGCCCUGCAGCUGGAGAAGAAUGUCAACCAGGCCCUGCUGGACCUGCACAAGCUGGCGUCUGACCACGUAGAUCCUCAUCUGUGUGACUUCCUGGAGACCCACUACCUGAACGAGCAGGUGGAGGCCAUCAAGAAGCUGGGCGACCACAUCACCAACCUCACCCGCAUGGAUGCCCACAACAACAAGAUGGCAGAGUACCUGUUUGACAAGCACACCCUGGGGAACAAGAGCUAAAAAAAAAAAAAAACCCAGGAAUGAGCCUGUUUGUGAAAAUUCUAAGACACGGGCUUUAAAUGAAAAAUGCCUCCAGCUGUUCAUUCGCUGAGUGCAAUGUAAUGAUUGACCUUUUACAUUGAGUUCUAGCAUGUUAUGGUGGUGUCGCUGUUUUUUAAAUGUCAUAGAAGGAUGGAUGUUUAGACUUGAGUUUGGACUGGGGUUGUCAUUUUUCUCAGCAGCUCUUGCUGUUUUCUGACUGCUGUCUAGUUCACCCCCCUUGUGACAUUUCUAACACUUGUGGCGAUGUUUCUGAUCUGUUCCUAAUCUGAAUAAACAUUUUGAGCUGGA